AGAGCGAUGCUGACUUAUAUUGACCCAGCGGCUGCUGCGCGAAGAUGGAGUGCUACCGUGGCAAGAAGAACAUACCAUGUGCCAUAUCCCAACAGUCUGUGGCAUAUGGAUGGAAACAUGCGUCUCAUCAGGUGGGGCUUAGUUGUUCAUGGAGCCAUAGAUGGAUACUCACGCCUAGUAACAUACCUAAACUGUAAUACAAACAACAAAGCUGUCACUGUACUUACACAGUUCUUGAAGGCAACAUGCCUGUAUGGACUCCCAUCCAGAGUUCGCUCUGAUCAUGGUGGGGAGAACACACAAGUAGCAUUGUUCAUGAAUAUUGUCCAGGGUGUAGAGCGCAGUAGUCACAUAACAGGGGAAUCUGUUCACAACCAGAGGAUAGAGCGCCUCUGGAGAGACGUGUUCCUGCAAGUUCUACACUACUUCUACAAUGAAUUCUACAGCCUAGAGGAUGCUGCCAUACUAGAUCCAGAAAAUGACAUCCACAAGUUAUCACUACACCUGACCUAUCUACCAGAAAUUCAACGUAGGUUGAACAUGUUUAGAGAGGCAUGGAAUCAGCACAGUCUAAGGACAGAAAACAACCGAACACCCUCACAGAUCUGGACAGAGGGCAUGCUGACCAACAUAGAGGCAGACAGCACUCCCAUCAACAACGUAUUUGGUGAUGACCCAUAUAGGGAGGACAGUUUAGAGGCCCUUCUAGCACAACAUGGCAUCAACAACUUUCGAACUGACAUAGAAGAACAGUUCCCAGCUGUAGUUGUCCAACAACUCAAUGUAAAUCUUAACCACCAACAACAGCAAGACAUUUUGAGGGCUAUAGAGGGAAUUGUGGACUUGAAAGUGAAAUAUCAAACAUGCUGCACUGAAAUUUCUAAUAAGUUGAAUGAGCCAGCCAGGGGACUGCCUUGA